ACUCAACAGCCCACUCACAUCAAACUCCACAAUGAGCAACUUCUUUGACACCGUCGAUCCGACCAUCCUCCAGUCGUACAUCUUCUGGUCCUCGGUGCUAGUCCUGAAGAUGAAUAUCAUGUCCAUUUUGACUGCCAUGAAACGAUUCGCCAAGAAGGCUUUCGCCAACCCCGAGGACGCUCCCAAGGGAACUAAGGUUGUCCUGAGCGAUCCGGACGUGGAACGGAUACGUCGUGCUCACCAGAACGAUCUGGAAAGCAUUCUACCGUUCUUCGUCAUGGGUUUCCUGUACAUGUUCACCAAUCCCAGCGUCGUGUUGGCCACCAACCUGUUCCGAACGGUAGCCAUUGCCCGAAUCGCCCACACCCUGGUCUACGCCGUUUUUGUCGUGCCACAGCCAGCCCGUGCCCUUGCCUGGAUGAUCGGCUUCCUCUGCACCGGUUUCAUGGCCGUCAAAACGAUUCUAGCCUUCCUUUAAAAAAAUACUAACUGAAA